UACUAUGGUGACCGGAUUUACGACAGCCGUCGACGUGUUUACGACAGCGUUUCUUCGGAGACGUCAGUUGAUUAUUCCUUUAUUACUACGCGGUUGGCGCGAGGAUGUUUAGGGGUGCAGUGUGUGCGCGAGACAGAAUGGGUGGAAGGUAGAAGGCAAGCAUGAAAGAGAAGAGUUGUGAAACAUCGGUAAGAUGUUUGGGAAGGUGGUAUGAUGGAAGGUUCGGUAAAGGAAAGGGAUAUUUGUAAUGGAAGGUCCUUCCCAUGGCUUAUCCGCACAGACAACAGGUUUUGGAAACUCUCCGACUGCUUCUCUUCCCCCCAGCAAACUGCCCCGGCUGCACAACACCAGAACAAUUUCAUGGAAGUCCGUAAGCCAGUGUUGGAUCUGAAAGAUGUCCCUCCCCCUCCACUCCACAAUGCAUCUCCGCAGCCCCUUGUUCUGGCUUCCCAACCUGCACCUCCUCUCUGCCAGCGCCCUGCUUCAGACUCUCAACUUUCCCAGCAGCCCGUUCCUCAGCUACAACCUGGUAGCCCUAACGUAAGCUUGUGUUCCCACUGUGAAUGCAGUCUGCACAUCCAGCAGCACUCUGGCUUGCUUGAAGCCAAGGCUCACAGUUUUGGUGGUGGGUGUAACAUUAGCAGCACUGCUAAUGCUAACUCUGGUGGUGGCUUUCCUGCACCUUUUUCCUCUGCACAGCUACAGUCCCCACAGAGUUUUGGGUUCCAGGUGGCCUCAGUAGCCACUUCACAACCCAUGGCAGGUCACACACACCCAUCCUGCUGCGGGCACCUUCACACUUGUUCCUCUCUCUCAGUGGGGUGUCUGCAGUCAAAACACUUGUCUGGCUCUGCACCCAUCCAUGGGCCCUGUGUGGCCUUAUCUGGGUGCUGCCACUGUAGCGAGGACCAUCGGGUGGAGCAGCAAUACCAUUCACACAGUGACGCACCCUCCUCUACUCACCUCUGCACUAAGUCUUUGUACCUCGAGCACAACACAGUCUGUCAGAAGGGAGCACAUUACUGCCAUCAGAGUUUAAGAAAGCCCACACAGGGUUUGGGAGUUGCUGACUCUGAGAAGGUUUGGCCAAACAUCCCCCCUCCUCAUCCCUGCACCUCUGCUCUACCUAUCUGUAAUGGCUGUAGAGUUCCUGGAACCUCCAGUGAUGGCAUUCUGCACCCCACCAGCGUAGGCAAAGUCAAUCAGAAAUAUGGGUCCAUUGAAGGUGGAGGACAGGAGUCCUUGCCCCCGGUGGGUGUUUUUUGGGACAUAGAGAACUGUGCUGUACCCAGUGGCCGUUCAGCUGCCACAGUGGUCCAGAGGCUACGUGAGCGUUUCUUCCAGGGGCACCGCGAAGCUGAGUUCAUCUGCGUAUGUGACAUCAGCAAGGAGAACAAGGCUGUCAUUCAGGAGCUCAACAACUGCCAGGUCACUGUUGCUCACAUAAAUGCCACAGCAAAAAAUGCAGCUGAUGACAAACUCCGACAGAGUCUGAGGCGCUUUGCUGAUACACACACCGCUCCUGCCACAGUCAUUGUAGUUUCUUCCGACGUGAACUUUGCUAGCGAGCUGAGUGACCUGCGUCAUCGCCAUGGCUUCCAGGUCAUUCUGGUGCACAAGACUCAAGUCUCACCUGCUCUGCUGCAGCACGCACACCUACAUGUCCUAUUCGAGGACUUUGUCUCGGAAUUGCCCCCCAGGAUGCUAAUCAAAUCACAGCCCUGUUUCAACCUCCUCUUUGUGCACAACCUCCCCACGCACCGUGACGCCAAGUCUGUCAGUAGCAGGCUUCAGCGCCUGUCCAAUAACUGUGGUGGGAAAGUGCUGGGUGUGACCGGUGGCACUGCUGUGCUCCGAUUUGCCAGUGCAGAGGCAGCCGAGCGCGCCCGCAAGCGCAUGGAGAAUGAGGACGUCCUAGGGAACCGCAUCACUGUCUCAUUUUCCCCUGACGGGCUACAGGAGGAGGAGGAGGUGGAGCGGCCUCGGCCUGCUGCCAGUUCCUCCUUUUCUAGUGCCCUGUUCCUCCCCGUGGAGAAACCGCGGUCACCACGGCGCCCCAGGAGGGCAUUACGAGCUUCCCAAAGCGGCAGAGACACUGGGGUAAAUGUUCCAGAAAGACCCUACAGCCCUAGGAAAGUGGGGCAUGCUUCUUCCUGCAGCCCAGUGUUGAAGUCCCUUUCCCAGGAUGGAAGCAGUAUGGAGUCUAAGCCCAGGACAGGUUUCCCUCUGGAGAAAGUCCGUGCUGCAUCUGCCUCUCCUCAGAGCACUGGCCUCACCUCUCAGUUGCAGCCUGCUAAACCAGCCUUCCCUGCAGAGCUCCUACAACGCAGCCGCAGAAGAAACUCCUGCAGCCUGCGCAAUACUACAGAUUCUCCAGAGUCAUUUCAGGUGAGCACUCCAUCAGCUUUCAGCAAACUCAGCCUGCACACUUCCUUCAGCCCGCUGAUGUUCUCCCACGGAUCCUGGUCCUCAAGGAGUGCGUCUCCUUGUCUCUCCAGCCGCUCGUCCCCACAGAGUGUUCCUUCUCGUAGCCCAUGUCCUGAUGCCCAGCCUGAGCCCUUCUCAGACGGUGCAGAUAUCCAGGUAGCCAACCUCGAUUACAGGAUGUCCAGAAAAGAGCUGCAGCAGAUCCUGCUCGACACCUUCGCCAAGCACGGAAGGGUGAAAAGCAUUGAGCUCAGCCCUCACACAGACUACCAGCUCAGAGCUAAGGUACAGAUGGGUUCUCUGCAGCAGGCUAUAGGAGCCGUCAGCAUUCUUCACCGCUACAAGAUUGGCAAUAAGCGCAUUCACGUGUCCCUCAUCACCGGUGCAAAUAACAAAUCUCUCACCUGCCUCAGCUCCGAGAUCAUCAGUAUUCUUCAGGAUUCUCCAGCUAAUUGCCUUCCACUUUUCAAAUUCACUGAAAUUUAUGAGAAAAAGUUUGGUCGUAAACUGGUGGUGAGCGAUCUCUACAGAUUGCCGGAGGUCGUGGCUGUGCGUGAACAAGGCGGCGGACGUAUGGUGUGUCUUCUACCCAGCAGCCUAGCCAGACAUAGUCCAUUAGGUUCCUCGCAGUCCCAUGAUGGCUCUUCCACCAGUGGCAGUCCUGUGGUGUUUGAGGAGCUUGAGUAUCACGAACCUGUCUGCAAGCGUCAUUACACACAGCAAGAUUUCAGUGAGGCAGAUUAUGACCCUGACACAUACAAGAUUCCGUUUGUUGUGGUGUCUCUUAAAGCCUUGUCUGCUCAUGUGCACAGUCUUCUGCAGUCACACGAAGGUACCAUCCCCUUGCUCAGCUUUCUAGAAUGUUAUGCAUCAGAGUUCAGCCCGUUAACAGUGGCUGAAGAAGGGAAGCUGGAGGGAAGCGUUCCCCUGGAACACCUCAUUACAUGUAUCCCAGGCAUCACCAUUGUAACCGCACAGAACGGCUUCAAGGUCAUCAAAUGGAUCCACAACAAACCCCCACCACCUAAUGCAGACCCAUGGCUACAGCGCUGUAAGAGCCCAGUAGGAAAUCCCCAGCUGAUCCAGUUCAGUCGAGAAAUCAUAGACCUGAUGAAAAACCAGCCGUGCUGCCUGAUGCCCAUCACUAAAUUCAUCCCUGCCUACCAUCAUCACUUUGCUAAACAGUGCAGAGUCUCUGAUUAUGGCUUCUCCAAACUGCUAGAGCUGCUGGAGGCUGUACCACACGUACUACAGAUUCUGGGCCUGGGCUCUAAGCGGUUGCUGACCCUCACACACAGGGCACAGGUGAAGCGUUUCACACAAGAUCUGCUCAAACUGCUCAAGUUUCAGGCAAGCAAGCAGGUCAUCAUCAGAGACUUCAUGCAGGCCUACCAUUGGUGUUUCUCCAGAGAUUGGCAAGUGAUUGAUUAUGGAAUGUGUGACUUGAUGGAUCUGUUGGCUGAGAUUCCUGAUACGACCAUCACCGUUACACAGCAGGAUUCUGACACGGUCAUAUCUGUACCUAAGAGAGAGCGGACCACAGAGGAGAUGGAACGCACCAGACAGUUUGGGAAGGAGGUGGUGGAUCUGUUGCGUCACCAACCGCACUUUCGCAUGCCUUUCAGCAAGUUCAUCCCCACUUAUCACCACCACUUUGGCCGCCAGUGCAAGCUCACCUAUUAUGGGUUCUCUAAGCUCAUGGAGCUGUUUGAAGCCAUUCCUGAUGUCCUUCAGGUGCUAGAAUGUGGUGAGGAGAAGGUACUGGUUCUGACUGAGGUGGAGCGAGUAAAGGCUCUGGCAGCUCAGCUUGUGAAGCUCUUGCGUGCUCAGAGAGACUGCACACUACCUGUUAGCCAGCUUCUGACUGAGUACAGCAAAACUUUUGGUUACGUCCUCCGCCUGCAGGAUUACGAUGUCGGUACACUGCCUGCCCUUCUCUCCAAACUCUGCCAUGUGGUCAAGGUAGCGGUUGGAUCUGAAGAAAAAGAGGUCCAGCUUAUCAACAGAAAAUCGCUACGUGCGCUCACGUCCCAGUUGCUGGCGGUAAUGAUGUCCGUUCCUGAUGAGCACAACUGGAUGGGAGUAGAGGCGCUGCAGAAGCAGUACGAGUUGAUGUAUGAUCAGCAACUCAACCCCUGUGAAUAUGGCUUUGUCUCUCUAACCGAGCUGCUCAAGAGCCUGCCUUACUUAGUGGAGUUGUUUGAGGGUGGUGAAGCCCAUGAUGAUGAGGCCAAUGUUCGUAUCAGGUUAACUAAGCUGUACCAGUUUGCUCGAAACGUUCGAGCCCUCCUGCACACCUACCACUAUAACCAGAUCUUCCUGUCCGAGUUUUGGGGUGCCUUCAGCAAGUACACGGGCCGUGAGUUCCAGCCUCGUGACUAUGGAUACAACACUCUGGAUGAGCUCCUGGCUGCCGUACCACAAGUAGUGUGGAUCAAAGGCCAUGGACACAAGAAGAUUAUAGUCCUAAAGAAUGAUAUGAAAGCCCGUGGCAGCCCUGCCAGCACUGAGAGCCCUCAGCCUGAGGAGGUCCAACAGAGCCAGAGCCCUGCCAGCUCACACAGCCCAGCCUCAGGUGGAAGUACUAGUGAGGCAGAGCUGCUGUGUCUGAGCUCCUCUUCUCCAGUGGAUCUCUUGUGUGGGCCAGUUCCGUCCUGCCUGCCUUCCCCUCAGCUACAUCCUCACCCGGUUCUGCUCCAGCACAAUGACCUCAUCCACUUUGAGGAGCACUUGCACAGCCAGUCCUCAGGAGGCACCAGAGAGGAUCAGCCCGUCCACGACCACCAAACUCAAGCAGCUCUGAUGCCCACUGAGUGCUGCACAGCUCCAAAUGAAGAAAUUAAAACGGAGGAAACGUCGGUCUGUAGUGUAGGUAUAGUUCGCACCAAUAGUGUUGAAAAAAACACGGUAUGUCCGACUGGGAAUACUAAAUCUAACGAUGCAUCCGACUCGCUUGUUACCAAGCCCUCUCAACCACCCGACCGCAAAACCUUGGCCACUGAAAGCCCCAGCAAAAGAACCAUCCGGAAUAAAAUCAAACUUGCAGCUAAUUUCUCUUUCUCCACAAAUUCCUCGGUCUAAAGUUACUUGUUAAUCAGAUCAAACUCACAGUAAUUUAAUAAUUUUUUUGCCCACUCGGUUUAAAAAAAAAAAAAAAAAAACUUGAAAAAUCAGCUUUAGAAUCAGCCAGCGAAAUAAAUCCGUGUAACUCUGCAGAGACGUGGCCGUGAAGAACCCGAUCGAACUACCUUCUGCUUCUGUCUCUUAAAAAAAUUCAAUGCACUUGCUCUUCAUCUGUUGGCUAUAUUUACAGCCUUCGUUUACUUUAAGAUCCCAUUUUCCCUGUUGGCUUAAAUCCUGAGUUUUCUGUUUCUACUGAAAAUCACAUCUUCUAGAUUAUGUUUAAGGAAACAUGAGUUGAUAUGAAAUGAAAGCGUACCUCCAAGUUGGCUGUAACUAAGGCAGCUUCUGUCCUUUCAGAUUAGCAUUUCCUCUCUUUCUGUGCUGUUUUAGGGAAUCAUGGUUUUCACCACAUGAAAUUAGUCGUCGCAUUUAAAGUCCUCUGACCGACCCUGCUCUUCGUGCACUCUAUAUUCUAACCAAUACAAUGGAGAUGUCGUCUCCUAUUUAUACACAGCGUGAUUUUAAAACGAAAUUAAGUUAAUGCAGGAGGGCAUUGAUUAUAUUAAGCAUAAUAACCUUUAACCCAAAAGAAUGCUAAUGAUGCUAAUUUGUGUUUUGUAGGAUUUCUGUAAUUUCUCUUGUAUACUUUGGAACUCUUUAGAGUUUAACAUCUAAAGGUUUUUGUAGAUUUUCGGCCCACACCUUAGUGCACGUGUUUAAUAGCCUGAGUUUUAACGGCAUUUCGUUCAACAUCUUAACAGUGCAGUUGGUUUCAUUUCGAUGGAGGUUAGAAGAUGAGCAGGUGUCAGUUUGGAUGUUUGAGACUGGCACAGGACACACAUGCAGGAUAAAGUCGAGGUUACGGAGCUCUUCGCUAGCUUGAAGCGUGCCAUUCGACAGCCGAUGUCGACAACGAAAGUUGAGUUGGCGCGUACACAACUCCGCAUUUCUUCUGCCGGAGUUCAAGCAAAAGCUCCAUUUCAGUUUUAGCCAUUUACGCAGCUUGGGCUUUAUUUUGAUUAUGGGUAUGUGUGUGUGUGGAAUUUUAUAUGCACAUAGUGCAUAGACAAUUUCCUGUGUAAUGUGACACACAGCAGCUGUAGAGUUUUAACCUGUUUGCAUCCUGCAUUUUCAUGGUGGUUUGUUAUGGCAAGAGCCGAGGGUUUAUUUAUUUAUUUUUGUUUGUUUUUUGUUUUUUAAACUAUGAUCAGUUUCUUUGGAUCUGUUGACACACUUGCAUUAAGAAUAAGCAAAGACUAAUUUCUAGAUGGGUUUUAAACACUGGAGUCGAGGAUGGGAACUGCUCAGUGACAGAAACACCAUGGUAUCAGAGGGACGCACACAGGCCCUCAGAUUUUAUUUAUUUUUUUCUUCUUCUUCUGUGGACAGAGCCAGGCUUUUUACAAUGGCUUGUAUCAGCCUUGGCACCAGGAGAUAUGAAGCAAGAGAGAGUGCUGCUAGAGCGUUUCAUCCUGCACUCCCUUAGCAUGAUGAUGUUUGUAUAUUUCUUUUCUGUUGUCUUGUUUAGCGGGUUUCUUUGGGCCGAAGACUUAUCCUGCAUCUGUUUAUGCAGUCUGGGUUAUCCCAGGACAAAAAAAAAACUAGACUGAACACCUAACACGCUGCCGUUAGGCUCUGUAUUUGCGUAGAGAGAGCCACGUUUUGGGAGAAUCUCCCUGAAAAACAGCUUCUUGUUUUCCAAAAUGAAUCGUAUACAUUCAUAAUGAAAUGUGACUAUUUCUUGUCUCUGGCCUGUUUUAGUUUAGAGGUCCUGUUGGUUUAAUGCAGUCUAGCCAAGUUCACAGCUCAUGUUCUUGAUUUCCCGACUCGCCACUACGGAGUGGCUAUAUUAUGUCCCAAAUGAAUUACUUUCAUCCCAGAUUAAAGGAGCUGUUUUUUUUAAGAUUAUCAAAGGCCUGAUAUUUAUUUAUGGAGAGAACCUUAGAAAUGAGUCAUACUGGCUGUAAUGAUUCCUAAUUUUGCUGCUACAUGUUCAGUUUGCUCUUUUGGUAGAGAACUUGGUUACAGCUAACUUGGAGGACGAAUAUGAAACAUCUUGUUUAUUGCACCUCAAUGACCAGCUAAUCUUUUGCCUAUGCAGGUUUGCAUAGUUUUGAUUUCAUUAAAUAUCAUUCUGCCGGGGUUUGUAAUGUUAAUGAAGUUAAAUGUACAUGACCGUUAUGAGCGUUUAGUUGAGCAGUUGCUCUUUUCCAGCAUGGAGUGUUUUGGUUUUCAUGGUUUGGGGUCAGUUAUGUGAGUCCACAAAUUGACCUGGAGAGAGAGAAAAAAGAAAAAAAGAAAAAAGGUAGACAUGCUGGAUUUAUCCUGAUAACAUCCUGAUGUAUCUUAGCAGAAUUGAUAAAUGUUCAGUAGAAAAAUACAGCAAGUGUUUACACUAAUUAGGGGAAAUGCUCUCGGGUGAAAUGACGCACAGUGUAAAGACGACCGUACAGUUAGUCUCUCAUCAGAAGCAGAAUGUUUUCACGUUAACCCGGAAUUGUCUCAUGCCUCUUUUUUGGUUCUUGCUGAUGUAUUUGAGUUGCAUGUUAUUGCACCUUCUUCCUCUGGUCAUACUCACCCCAUAAUUAAGCCAUUACACCAUUUCACUGUUUUUGUGAAUUGCCCGAAAUAUUUCAGUUAAUAAAUUUCACAAGCAUCA